AUGUUUUCAUUUUUAGACAAACGUAUUAAUGAUAAUAAUUAUAAUAACGUUAAUAAUAACGACGAAAAUGUAAUCAAAAACAUUAAACUGUUUCACGUGUUCGACGACCACAAGGGAUAUAACGUGUUGUUUGUGACCCACGAAGACCUGGUCUACGGCUUGGGCUCUAACUAUUUGGGAGCACUCGGUUUGGGACACAACCGAGCGGUGAAAUCGGCACAAAUUAUACCCCAAUUGUGUUACAAAACAAUCCGCCAAUUUGUCAACGGAUACGACUUUGUACUGUGUAUUACUGGCGAUCACUGUGUGUACGGCUGGGGCUGUAAUGGUUGGGCUCAGUUGGCCCGCGAGGUCGGUGUGGCCAAGGGUUACGCCAAACCCGACAUAAUCGCAGCGCUUAGUAGAAAAAACAUACGCGAAAUCAGUUGUGGUUUCAGUCACUCUCUGGCCCUUACGGGCGACGGCUGUGUCUACGGCUGGGGGUAUAACCGGUUCGGACAGGUGGGCAGCGAUCAGCCUAUAUCGGCCGUACCGGUGCCCACAAAAUUACGCUUUGCAAACCACCAUGUUCGGCCCAAACCCUACACUAUUAAAAAUAUAUACGCCUGGGUUUACUCGUCGUUUGCCAUCACAACAGAGGGACAGGUAUUUAGUUGGGGUCGCGACGAGUGCUAUAAUUUGGGCCAUAAUUGGGGCCACAGUAUAGCCAAACCCCGACUGAUUGUAAGCAUAGCUGGCAUUCAGACGGUGUGCGCCGGCGGCGGGAAGUCUUGCUUUCUCUCCAACGAUGGGUUCGUGUAUUUUUGCGGCCAAUACGUGGCCAGUGAUGGCCCGCCCGGCGCUGUCGAGCGUUCCGUACGGCUCCUGGACUGCGACAAGAAGUGCCAGGAAUUGCAUAAAAUGUCUUCGAGUAUAAGAAACGCAUAUCUAUUGUGUGCUGUAAUCGAUGGCAAAGUUUGGACUAUAAAUAGGGAUCACGUCUUCCGGGAAACCACUUGUGAUAAUGUGUUUGACUUUUAUUUAAAUGAGUUUCGUAUGACUUAUAAGACGGUUGCGUUGACCGACCACUUAAGCCAUGGUUACGGUUCGAGCGAUUUGUUUCAAGAGAGAUGUUUGCAAUUUUUGACCGACAUCACGUGGAGGCGGACACUGAGCUAUUGGCAGCGCCGGAAUAUAUCGGGCCCCAGACCUGUGCCCUUCUAUGGCAACACUUACAGCAUAGCCCUAAAGCCGGGACCAGUUGUCGAGUUGGAGUGGUAUAAAAAAUACGGCAAACUGUUUGGUGUAUACAAUAUGUCAAAACCGGCGCUAACAGUGGCGGAGCCAUCGCUGGUAAAGCAAGUGUUGGUCAAAGAGUUUCAUCGGUUCCGCAAUCGGUCGGAAGCCGGCGGCGGACACCCAGUCAUCGAGAAAAAUCUAUUCAACGCUAGGGAUGAGCACUGGAAACGGAUCCGAGCCAUAGCCAGCCCUGUGUUCACAUCGGGUAAACUCAAACGUAUGCUCAAACUCAUCAACGGCUGCGCUCGGGAUAUGACGAGUAGUUUGGACGGACAGUUGGGGGCCGACGGCCGGUGCGAACUGGAUAUCAAACAAAUGAUGGGCGCCUUCACUAUGGAUGUGAUCGCCACCACAGCCUUCGCCACCAAAAUCAACACAUAUGGCGACCCAAACAAUCGGUUCACCGCAUGUGCCAGAAAUAUAUUCAACACCUCAGCCCUGUCGUCGCUAGUGUUGGCCACUUUGCCGAAGUGGCCGCUAGUCGUACGGGUCAGGCGGUGGUUGGGCUUCGGGAACGCCGCCGACGCCAACUUUAUCAUUGAUUUCUCGCGACAACUGAUCGCUAAACGCAAACGUUUGGCCGAAAAACACGACGAUUUCGUUCAACUCCUCAUUGAUGUC